UAAAGCCUACUAAAAAAGCACGAGUUUUGGCGAUGAUGUAGAUUACCAAGCAUUACAUUGAACGGUACUAGUCUUUUUUCGUAAUCUGGACCUCAUUGGUAUGAACACGUGAGGCAGAGAGAAGACAUAUCUACCACACUUAUACAGAUCUAAUUUCUAGAGCGUUGUGGUUUUGCAGCUGACACAAACUCGGGUCUACAGCAAAACAAGCAUGUGGGUGACAUCUAUCCUCCUGUGCUUGGCGUGUGGAGUACUGACGGGCGAGCUGCAAGGCGAGGGAAGGCUAGGUAAUGCUUGGAAAGAUGGCAAGGUAGUGGAAGAGGUGGCUAGCUUAGUGGAAGGAAAGCUGAGGGAGUGUCACGUUGUCUUAGUGCAUGCCGGGACCUCCACACACCUGGCAGAACGCAUCAUCAGAAGAGUGUGGGGAAGUGGCGGCACGCGUGAGGAUGUGGCCCUGGUGGUGGUGGACGCGGAGGCACUUCGAGGACAUCAGCGCAAAACCAUGGAAGACAACCUGUGGGGGGACCCGAGGUUGGCGUGUCGGGCUGUGCUACUAGCCACUCGUGUACCUGACGAGGCGCCCUCUCUGCUCAGUUUCCUGGAGGAGUCGGGGCUGUGGCGGUGGUCAGCGGCGUGGGUGGUGGUGGUGGGGGAGGCCUCUGUGGUGGACGUUACCCUGAUGCACCACGCCCUCAGAAACACAGUCCGCGCCCUGUACUUCCCGCUCCCAGGCACUGCACGCCACAGGGACGCCUUUACAGCAGCGGUAGGAGAGAGGGUGAAGAAGGAGGCGCAACAGAAGGAGGUGCAGCGGGAGGAGGAAGAGGAGGAGAUCGAGGUGUACCAGCGGUGUCUGUACUGUGCAAAUGGAGACAUGGGCGUGAUGGAAACGACUCCACAUCAGCUGGUCACGGAGCUUCCCAGAGUGUUCAAUGGUCACAAGUUCCGCGUGGUGACCAUCAAGUACUUCCCAACCAUUGACCACGAGCCGGAGGGUGCUGGCGGCCUGGACACGAGGGUCAGACUCAGGGACUCCCUCAACACCCGCAUGCUGGUGGACAUCGCCAGGCACCUCAACUUCACAUACGAGACACACGAGCCGCUUGAUAGACAGUGGGGGUCUGAUCUCGGGGGAGGCAAUUGGACUGGCCUCGUGGGCACUCUGCAGCGUCAGGAGGCAGACUUCUCCACCACCAUCACGCCCACAGCAGCCCGGCUCCUCAUCAUGCGACACUCCAAGAUCUACGCCUCGGACCCCUUUGUGAUCGUGUCCCUCAAGACGCAGACUAAAGCUGAGCACAUGGCCAUAGCAAAGCCCUUUCCUGGUGAGGUGUGGGUGAUGGUCGGGGUGAGCGUGGCGGCCUCGGGUAUCGCUGCAGUGUUGCUGAAGGCGGCAGUAAAGGAGCAAUGGAGGGCCAGGGAGACUCGAGGCACUUCAAGCAAACAGUCAACCUUACUCUACCUGUGGGGCGUCCUGCUGGAAACCCCUCCUAACCUCCCGCCCAUGUCAGUCACCAUUAAGGUGCUGGUGGCGUGGUGGCUCCUCAGCUGUCUGGUUCUGUCCGCCGCCUACAGGUCUUCCCUCGCCGCGCAUUUCACAGUGGGGGUGAAGGCGCCGCCCGUGGACUCCUUCGUGGACCUGGUGGCGCGGGACAGCUGGCGGUGGGGCAGUGAACCAUUAGGAGGCGCCUCACUCUUUUACUUCACCAGCAGCAUUGACGCCACCACCCGCGCCGUGUUUGCCAAGAUGGAGGUGAGGCGAUGCAAAGCGAGGCGUGUCCUGUGCAUUCUAAAGGCCCACUCUCUUGAUGACAACAUGCGACUGGUGUUGGGCGGACGCUACGCCUUCAUCACCACACAGUUCCAGAGUGCCUACCAGGUCGCCUCUCGCUACACGGACCCCCGAGGCUACACUCCCAUACACACGGGCGCCAGGCACUACCCUAAGUUUGCCGGGACCUCUUGGGGCUUCAGGAUCGGCGCGCCCUGCCUCCCUGCCAUCACUGUCAUGACGCAGAGACUCAUCGAGGGCGGCCUCAUAAGCUAUUGGCUAGUUGACGUCAUUGCCACCAGGGUACGUGAGGAGAGAAGGGUAGGCUCGACCUACAGCCAAGCCCUUGCCGAGCACUGGACUUCCCCUUCAGAGUCUGAAGGGGACGAGGAGGUGGUGGUGAGGAUGGCACACCUAUACGCAGCCUUCUACAUCCUGGCAGCGGGUCUGGCCCUCAGCUGCCUCGCCUUCUCCGGGGAGAUUCUAUUAGCCCGCUAUUGUUGCGGUGCUUAUCGCCUUUGUAGCCACAUUCGGGCUUAACAAGUUUUCUUCAGAAGCAAUCGAUUUAAAUGCUUCUUACGUAUAUUGAAUAAUGGAUCUCGAUAAAAUGUCAAUUCAAUUACUUUAUUUAUUUAACUAUUUUUUUUUUUAGUAUCUUGAAAUAAAUAUUUGUUACA